GUCUGUGAAGUUGCUAUUCAGAGCCAUAGCCAUCGUGCAGCAGCGCUGCGCCUCGAGCGAGUGUGCGCUGGCAGUGUUUUACAAGCGCCGUCGUGCCAAGGAGCGCUAUUAGCACGCGCAGCACAACAUAGCACAUUGUAGCGCCUUGCCACUCGCUCCGGUGUCCGUCGCCGAGCAGUAGCCCAGCAAGGUAGAGGAAACAACAGAACGAUGCGCGCCCUCGCCCUCGUCGCCGUCUCGACGCUGCGCGCGCCGUCCCGACUAGUGAGACAUGCGGACGACCUCCCGACGGUCGAGGAGGCGCUCGCGAGCGCUGAUAAAUACGAGGGCAACGCGAUCGUCGACCCGUAUUACGCGCACCCCGAUACCUUACCGAUGAUGCACGAGUGGACGGCCGAGACCUUUGACGCCGACUUGGAGGCGGGGGGCCACGCGGAAUGGGAUAUACCAGGAGAGGCGUUCGUGUUCCUGCGGACCGUCGCGGAUCCUUCAUUACGUCGGAAAAAACACGAGGACCACUUAGUCUGGGCGCGCGAGUCCCAUCUCAAAGCCGAUAAGGAUGAUUCGAAACCGCGCGUCUACGUGUCGCAGCUGUUGAGGGAUGAGGCGGGCACGGAGGUGGCCGGAUCAUUACUCGCGGUUAUUGGUGGUAGUGAAGAAUCAGCGAGGGCAUUAGUCGAGACGGAUCCGUUGAUCCGAAGCCUGGACGACGACGUGAAAGCCUACCACUGGACGAUUGCUGGAGAUCCUUACUUACAAUUGGAAGUUUGGCCCGAGGGGUCGGCGCCCUUCGCGAUGUUGAGGCUUGAUGACCAACAAGGUACACAAAACCGGGGCGCGACGCGGGAGAAGCACCUGUCCUUCCUGCGCAAAACGAAGCGGUGUCUACGGGCCGGGCCGCUCCGGCCCCUUGAUAACUCAGCAACACCUAUUUCAGAGAGGGCGCCGUGCGGGUCUUUAGUGUACAGCUUCCACGAAGAUGAACAAAGUUGUCUGGCGUGGGCUUCUCGCGAUCCUUAUGUCGAGGCGGGCGUCUUCACGGAGCCUCCUCUCCUACUCGCGUCGUACUGCGACUUAGAUUGUAGCGGCAAGCAGGUGACAAGACCGGCGCCCUUCAACGAGCUGCCCGAUCCGGUCCUGGCUAGACUCGUGUCGGCGGGUCUGGAAGAACUUCCCGAACGCGUCGUGCAGCGCAUCGAGCGGGACCCGCAGACGGGGAAGUACGAGCGCUACAACAUCACUACAUUAGAUCCUCGAUUAGAAUCGAACGUGCGCAUCGACGACGAGCUCAUGGCGAAGAUGGCGUCCACGCCGAAGGCGAAAAGGGCCAAACGCGCGCGCGACAAGAAGGCGAAAGAAGAGGCCGAAGAGGAAGAGUUCAUGAUGGAGGACUUCUAAGUUGA